AUGCACCUACAAGUCGAGCCAGCGAGUGAAGGAGAGGAAGCAGCGGAUCCUCGUAUCCAGCGCCUAAUCUCCGACAAGAUCGAUGACCUCAGCGAGAGGAUGAGGCGCCUAGACCAUGGCCUGCUUCGAUCGUCCGAGGAUCCCCGAGCACGGGUUGUCGGCAUAAAUAAGCACGAGACUAUAAGUGCUAGGAACUCAGAACCCGAAGCCAUCGAGUCGACGCUAUUCGCUCAUGUCCUCCAUGCGACUAAGUUCGUUCAGGCUGCGGUGGCAAACGACCGGCACUCUGAUGUCAGCGAUGAAUUGGAAUUGGCGCUGGAUGCACUGCAAAAUGCGGUCCAGAUUCAGAAACAUCAGAAUGAGAGCCUGGAAAGUUCACGCCCAUUCUCGAAAGACCUUCCUCCGGGAAUUGGGUUCAAGGAUCUGCCAAUGCCACCAAUAGAUCGAAUAAUGGCAGUGCUCAGGCUUGCCCACGAAAGCUCUCCGAGUCAGCUAUAUUGGCCUUUUGAAUUUGGCUCUCCCGGCGACUUCACCAAAUACGUCAUCAAAGCCUGCUCCCCUGGGCCGGUGACAGAAGCCGAGCUGAUCAUCGUCCACUACGUCCUUUUCUGGCUGUUUACCGAGUGCUCAAUUACUGCCGGAGAUGAAAGCAUCCGGCAAGAUUACGCGCAGCAAGCGGGCACAUGCAGAAAUAGUCUCGAAACGAUACUGUCGAAUCUUUCUAUCCAUCUUCCUGACAAUGUGGACUCGGUUUGUGCUACGUACAUGGCUACUCUUUAUUGCCUUCAACAGGGCAAGCCAUUUACGGCAUGGACGUUUAUUUCUCGGUCUUCUCUGACAAGCCAGGCUCUGGGGCUGCACAGCUUGCUUGUCGUGUCAACCGAACAAGCUGAAGAGGCACAGCGAAGGAGGAAUCUCUUCUGGGCGGUCUAUGUGCUUGAGAAAGCAGUGUCAUUACGCCUAGGGCGGCCUUCAACAAUUCGAGAUCGCGAUAUCACGAUCCCGCGUCUUCGACUAGACCGUAAUAUGACAUCUCUAUCCCACAACAAGCUACCAGACUGGAUUGAGAUGGCUGAGCUGUACGGCCGGGUCUAUGAUGAUAUUUACAGCUCGCAUGCCUUGUCACAGCCACUUGCUGUUCGGGAAUCGCGCAUCAAAUCUCUUGCUUCUGAGCUCGAAAGGAUGAUGGCUAUCAGGAACGAGCUUUAUAAACAUCCAAUGCAGUGGUCCGCCCAAUCCCUUCCAACCCGGUUGUACAAGCUCGCCGUCCACGCCAAUAAAGCCACCGAUUACUCUAUUUUAGCAUCCAUCUACCGAGGCGUCGUUCGGCCAACGGCAUCAGGCAAACCGAGCAUGACGCCUUGUACGGAGUGCAUCUCGGCCGCUAGAGCCGCUCUCGACGAGGCCAAGGCGUGCAUUGCCGUUCUAACAGACCCAUUAGCGGUAUCUCCGCCUGCAUCUUUAUUUGUUUCUCUUGGAUCCUGGAUCAGUGAGGUCGUCCAGACGGCGACCUUCAUUCCCUUCCUCAUACUAUUCUGUAACACCGUCGAGACAUCUGCCUCGUGUGAUCUGGACCGUCUGCAGUAUUUGGUUGACGGCUUGCAGUCAAUAGUACUAGCGCGGCCGUCAGGGGAUCCUGCCAGCAGUGCAUGUGGCAAACAACUGCGCAUCUUCAAAGCGCUGUAUGAUGUCGCCGCGAAGUACGUCGAGACCAAGUCCGGAAAUGCAAGACCAUGGGCAGCCGCCGCGGGUAGUGGUCAGUCACCACUAAAUAUCAACAGCGGAUCGCACCGUGUAGCCUUGGACACGGUUUUGUUUGGAACUGACGCCCAAUCAUCUUCAUUGCUCGAAAUGCCAAAAACUCGGUUCUCAGCACACGCGGGAAAUUCCUUCGACCGAGUAGUGGUCCCAGAGGCUUUGACAGAGACGAUGGAGGAUGAAGGGCAUCACUCCGCCGACCAAGCCGGGGAUUGCUCUCUGGCAGAAGACCCCUUGUUGUUUCAGACACCAAUGGAAAUGCCCGAACUCGAUAACUAUGGCAUGGACGUGGAGUUAGAUAUCCCGGGGACCGAGCUCGAAAGUUGGUUUCACCAGAGCCACCAGAUGAUGAGACUCUUGGAGGGCUCUCCUUAG